CGGCACCAUUCACCCCGCUUUCUGCACCACAGUACAGUAGCUUCGGUCCGGUCAUCGUCACCGCUGACGAGUGUCUCGCUUUGCGAGGAGCGCGUGGCAUCAGCCCGGCGCAGCUAAACAAACCACUGAACCCGACGAGCGACAAGUUUCGAGCAAGAGCUCAUCCAUAUCCCCCAUUUCCCCCUCUACCCAAGAGACCAACAACGAUGGCCUCGGAGCCGGCGGUCGUCCACAGCGGCGGGUGCCACUGCCGGCGCGUGCGGUGGCAGGUGGAGGCGCCGGCGAGCGUGGUGGCGUGGAUCUGCAACUGCUCCGACUGCUCCAUGCGGGGGAACACCCAUUUCGUCGUGCCCAAGGACAAGUUCGCGCUCCAGGCCGGCGCCGCCGAGUUCCUCACCACCUACACCUUCGGCACCCACACGGCCAAGCACACCUUCUGCAAGGUGUGCGGGAUCACCUCGUUCUACAUCCCGAGGUCCAACCCCGACGGCUUCGCCGUCACCGCGGCCUGCAUCGACCCCGGCACCCUGGCGCACGUCGAGUACAGGAAGGCGGACGGGAGGAACUGGGAGGACUGGAUCGAGGGGAGCGGCAUCUCCGAGUUCUCCAAGCCCGCGGCAGCCGAGUAGGACCUGCCAUGGCCUGUGUGCGGUUCAGGAUUUCAGGUUAUCUUCAGGGCUACUGACUUGAUUCGCACGUGGUCCUUGCUCACUCCCGUGGAAGCCAGGGAGCCUUUGGUUACUGGGUGUGCCCGACGAGAGAUGGUAGCUCAGGGUAUCUUCAACCGGUUUGUAUGGCGACAUAUUAAAAGGAUAGGUGGAUAGUCAUCUAGGAUUAUUUCCGUUAUCAGUUGCGGCGUGAUAGACGCCUUGUAUCUUUUUCUUUUUCAAGACCGCUAUGUACUUGGUUCAGACUUGUUUCGUGUUUAAUAAAAGGCUGCAUGCAUCACUCGAUGCAGAGGCCGGGGCGAUGCCUCAUUUUCGAAAA